AUGUCAUAUUUUGAUGUUAGAGGUAAUCAAUUAACUGGAACUAUCCCAGAUAUUGUAUUUUCACAAUUAAAUGGAAUCAAAUCAAUUUCAGUGUUAUUGAGUAAUAAUCCUGGUCUCACAGGAACUCUACCAAAUGAUCUAUGUCAGGUUAAACAACUUUCUAUUUUAAAUACAAGUAUUACGGGCAUACCUGAUUGUUUCUGGUGUUACAAUGUAUCUGGUUCCACAAUACUCAUAACCUCACUUUCAAUGCCAUCCCAUUUCGCAUGCAAUGUGACAAUUAAUAAUCGACGACUACCAGCAUUAUUCACUCAAGUAAUGAUUGAAGGUUCAAACUUGGGUUGGGCAAUUGGAAAGGAACCCCAACUCAUUCCUAUCAUUCCAAAUUCAUUAUUAAGGUAUACAUAUCAAAAGAUUGGACCACCUGAACUAGUGAAUAUUGAAAUAGCAAGUGGAUCAUACAAUUUUGAAUUUGAAUUGGUUGAAGCUGGCAUCACCCUCUCCUCAAUAGCCCAAAAUCAAAGCACAACUGAUGGAACUAUCAUGCUUAUGAUAACAUUUACUCAAUACAAUCAAUACAUAUCACACUUUGUAUUUUUAAAGCAAGGUUUGAAUACCUAUCCAUGUAUUGUACAAUUAAAAGAAGGCUCGAAAUUGUAUUGCAAGAUUUAUCAAUUACCACUCGUCGCAACCUAUCAAUUGACAGUCCAUAACGAAUUCUUUUCGGCUAGGUCACCUAUUAUAAUGUCUAAAUCUAUCGUUGCCAUGUAUCCUUUGGUGAGUAGUGCUGACUACCAAUCAUCUCCAUCACCAUUGCUCACAUUUAAUGGAUUUUUUGGUGAAAAUCUAAAGACUGUAAAUACAUCUGUCAUACUCAACUCUACCACUACUUGUAUCACUAUGUCUAUCACCUCGGGGACAAUUACAUGUGCUCCUACAAGUAUCAUGACACCUGGACAAGUAUUCAUUUCCAUUACUGUCGAUGGAAAUCAAACACCAUUUAGUUUACUCUCCAUCCCAUACCAAGAUAACCUCAAAGCCAAUUGUAUUGAACAAACUUUUAAUUGCCAUGGUCACGGUCAAUGUAAUGACCAAGGAAUUUGCCAAUGUAAUCAAGGUUAUUAUGAUGAUUUUGCAACAUUUGAAUUGGAUGGAUAUCAAUUCUUUUUCUCAUUGGUUGCAAUUCAAGAAUUGGAUGCUGAUGAUAAUAUCGUUCAAGAAUUAAUUACUGAUAAAUGGAAUGUUACUGAUUUAUCAGGUGAUGAUCUUACAUCACUCCAUUACAGAUUAUUGAUCAAUUCAACAUUGUAUCCAACAUUAUCAACAGUUGCCAAUAUUACAUCAUUGAUUGAAUAUUCAACACUGGAUAGACAAUUACCAUUUGGUGAUAGUAUAGUAUCAGUUGGAGCAAAUAGUAUUAAAGUUGGAGUAAAUGUUACUGGAUGGCAAUACCAAUCGAUUCUAUCACAUCUCAGAGUUGUAUUCGCAACCAUUGUCAAUAAUGAACAAUCAAGAACCCAAUCAUGUUCCUCCAAUGAUAUUCCAACAUUUGAAGAGAUCCUAGGAAGUGAUAGUUAUUUAAGAGUUAUCAAGAAUAAUACACAAUUCUAUGGUCGUUUCCUUUCCUAUUCCUAUUCAGAUGGUAGAAAGACAUUUUCAAGAAACGAAUUAAUUAAUCAAACUAUUAUCACUGGCAAGAGUAAUGAAUCAUUGGCGUUGAUUGGUGUACAUAUACCUCAAUGUGCUUCAUGUCUACUUGACCCCGACUUUUCAGCAUUGAUCACCGAUAACAGUAAAAAUGAUGAGGAUUGCGAAACCUCUUCAUCUUCAGAGAAUACAUGGAAAAUUAUAGUUGGAGCAUGUGUUGGUGGUACUGUAUUCAUUGCAUUGGUAAUAGCAUUAGUAUUUUCAUUAAAAAAUAGUAACCGAUUUAAAAUUAAAGUUAAAGCUGCUAAAAGUAUAAUGUUAAAGAAAAUGGGAACAAAUAAAUAA